UCGUCAGAGAUAAUAAAUUACGCCCUGAGCAGAAGAGUCCGUGUUUUCUGCAGAAUAGCGAAAAAAUAAACAUUGAUAUCAUCGGGAAGCGUUAUUUUCACUAAGUUUUAUGGCGUUCUGAAAGUGUUCGUAAUGACUACUUCCAAUCCUAAGUAUCAGUUGCUUCAAAAUGAAGAUGAUGAUCAAAGUACUCCAAACACAGAAAUUGUAAAUGAUUCAAGAGAAACAGAAUUAAGUGAGCAGGUACCACCACCCCCUGUGGUUCCGGCUGAAGAUAAUACUCCUUUAACAGCAAGUAACACUGAGUCCCCUCCUCCUUAUGAUGGUGCUACAGAAGAAGCUACAACAAGUGCAGUGAUUUCAAACGAGCCUCCUCCUUUGUACACAGAUAUUGUGAAAUUACCAACUUAUAAUGAAUCAGAAAAUAUAGAGACAGAAAAUGAAGAAGAAAAUCCACAGAAUGCAUCGAUGUUUUUAUUUUGGUUAAGUAAUGCAUCAACAGUUUCCAGUGGAUUUAACGAUGAACAACUUGGCACAGAUGUUGGAUUUAUAUUCUCUUUCCUAGUUGCUUUCAUAUUCAACUGGAUUGGGUUUCUGGUGGCAUAUUGUUUCACAACAUCUUUAUCUUCGAAUUAUGGUGCCAUAUCUGGUUUUGGACUUUCGUUGGUAAAAUGGGCAUUUAUAGUGAAGCAUUCAGAGUGGUCUAAGAAUUAUUUUGAGGAAAAUCCUUGGUUGAUGUAUGUAUUUGUCUUAUUCGGUUGGAUUGUAUUUCUUCGUGGUAUAUUCGCAUAUGCGCAGCUUAAACGUUAUGUGUAUUCGCGACGUCAAGAAAAUGCUGACUCUGAGAAUGGCAUGUUUACGUAAACAACAUGAAUCGAAACCGCCAUCUAACUUAUUUGACCUUAUUUCAACCUCGAGUUAUUCUCCUGUCAGUAACAGAAGUUGUUUUUACAGUCAUGUAAGAAAAUAGCUUGUUUCGAAUAUGCGUAUUAAAAUGUUUUCGUCUCAGACAAAUAAACGGUCAUGUUUUUAACUUCUGAACUUAACGAUUAAAAUGACGAAUUCCCGUUAUGACAAAUUAAUCUAGUAUUUGUUAUGAGGUAUUACUUUUUGCAAAAAAAACCCUUUAUAAUGAAAUCAUAGGUUUGUAAUUGUAUGAAGUAUAAUUACAAGGAUUCAAGGAUACGAAUGUAUAUAAUGUUUUUUUCGUCUUUUUUUAGUGUUGUGCUUUAUUUUUUAUUUAGGUUCCUUUAAAUAUAUGUAAAUAGAUAUUUUUCUACUUGUCAUCUAUGUAAUGAUUUAUCGGUGCCGUAAUCUUAUACUAAUAACAAAAUUAAUUCUAAUUUUAAAAAUCAGUCAAUUUUUCUGCGCGAUAGGAAAAUGUGUGUGUUUCACCGAAAUGGAAUAACCCUUGAAAUGUUAUAUCUGUGGGAAUGUUACUUUAUAUUAACUACGCAUAUAUUUCUUGUAAAAAUCUACAACACUGUAUUGUUAUUAUUGGUAAACUUGUCUAAAAACAA